CUCUCUUAUUCUCAUAUCCGUAAGAUAAAAAAAAAAAAAAAAACAAUGGCUGUUCAUAUUCAAAACCCUAACUUUUUCUACACUCAUCAUCUCCGAUCACGUCUAACCUCAUCCUCUGCAUCACCUUCCUCUUAUCUCUUUUCAAGACACUCUGCUUCAAAAUACCAUCACAACAGCUUCAUUUGCAAAUCCAAUGACAAAGAUGACUAUCUCAUUGAUGCUCCUGUUUCUGUUGGAGAUGGUUUCUCUUUCAGUGGAGGGAAGUAUUCAGAUCAACCAAGUCCAUCAGAUGAAUGGCUUAAGCAAGGGAAAUGGGUUAAAGCUCAUAGAGUUGGUGGAUCUGGUGUAGAAGCAAAAGAUCCGAUUUUUGGAUUAACAAUGGGAGCUAGCUCUCAAGCUUCAAAAGAUCUUUUCAGAUGGUUUUGUGUAGAAUCAGGAAGUGUUGAUAGUCCUCCUGUUAUACUAAUCCAUGGAUUCCCAUCUCAGGCUUAUUCGUACCGGAAAACUCUUCCCGUGCUUUCGAAGAAUUACCGCGCCAUUGCUUUCGAUUGGCUAGGAUUUGGAUUUUCUGAUAAGCCUCAGUCUGGAUAUGGAUUUAACUAUACAAUGGACGAGUUUGUUUCGUCGCUUGAGUCAUUCAUUGAUGAGGUAACUACAAGUAAGGUGUCACUUGUGGUGCAGGGAUACUUCUCAACUGCUGUUGUAAAAUAUGCUAGAAACAGACCAGACAAGAUCAAGAAUCUCAUACUCUUGAAUCCUCCUCUCACACCUGAACAUGCUAAACUUCCAUCAACCUUGUCUGUAUUCAGCAACUUUUUGCUCGGGGAGAUCUUCUCUCAGGAUCCUCUAAGAGCAAGUGACAAGCCUUUGACGAGUUGUGGUCCUUACAAAAUGAAAGAAGACGAUGCAAUGGUUUACCGAAGACCUUAUCUUACCUCAGGUUCUUCUGGUUUCGCUCUUAACGCCAUCAGUAGGUCCAUGAAGAAGGAACUUAAGAAAUAUGCAGAAGAGAUGAGGACAUCACUGAUGGACAAAAGCUGGAAAAUCCCGAUCACCGUGUGCUGGGGAAAACGAGACAGGUGGCUAAGCUAUGAGGGAGUUGAAGAGUUCUGCAAGAGUUCAGGACACAACCUCGUCGAACUGCCAAAUGCUGGCCAUCACGUACAAGAAGAUUGUGGAGAGGAACUUGGAGGAAUAAUCUCAAGAAUCAUAAGUAAAUCUGCUCUAUUCUAACUAGAGAGUACUCAGCACGAAGACUGAGAAAAUGAAAAGAGUCAUGAACAAACCCUUUGUAAAGACUCAUCUUUAUUCAAAACCUUCUGUAGUUCCAUUGGUACAUAUAAGUCACCAGUAAGAUUUUUGUGCUAAACUUUGAGGCUCUAUAAAGUUGGAUAUAGAAGAAUCGUCAAGAA